AUGACCAUUUCCAACACGAUCGCCAUCACGCCCGAACUGAUCGAGGCGCAUGGGCUCAAACCCGACGAAUAUGACCGCAUUCUCGAGCUGAUCGGCCGGGAGCCGAGCUUCACGGAGCUGGGCAUCUUCUCGGCCAUGUGGAACGAGCACUGUUCGUACAAGAGCUCCAAGAAAUGGCUGCGCACCCUGCCGACCGAAGGGCCGCAGGUGAUCCACGGCCCCGGCGAGAACGCCGGCGUCGUCGAUAUCGGCGACGGCCAGUGCGUCGUCUUCAAGAUGGAGAGCCACAACCACCCCUCCUACAUCGAGCCCUAUCAGGGCGCGGCGACGGGCGUCGGCGGCAUAUUGCGCGACGUCUUCACCAUGGGCGCGCGGCCCGUUGCGGCGAUGAACGCGCUGCGGUUCGGCGAACCGGACCAUCCCAAGACACGGCAUCUGGUCGCGGGCGUCGUCUCGGGUGUCGGCGGCUAUGGCAAUGCUUUCGGCGUGCCGACCGUCGGCGGCGAGGUGGAGUUCGAUGCGCGCUACAACGGCAAUUGCCUGGUCAACGCCUUUGCGGCAGGGAUCGCCGACACCGACAAGAUCUUCCUGUCCAAGGCCGAAGGGGUCGGCCUGCCGAUCGUCUAUCUGGGCGCCAAGACCGGCCGCGACGGCGUCGGCGGCGCGACGAUGGCCUCAGCGGAGUUCGACGACACGAUCGAGGAAAAGCGACCCACCGUUCAGGUCGGCGAUCCGUUCACGGAAAAAUGCCUGCUUGAAGCGUGCCUCGAGUUGAUGGCGACCGGCGCGGUGAUCGCCAUUCAGGACAUGGGCGCGGCGGGGCUUACCUGCUCGGCCGUCGAAAUGGGCGCCAAGGGCGAUCUUGGCGUCGAACUCGAUCUCGACCGCGUGCCGGUGCGCGAAGAGCGCAUGAGCGCCUAUGAGAUGAUGCUGUCGGAAAGCCAGGAGCGCAUGCUGAUGGUGCUCGAUCCGGCCAGGGAAGCCGAGGCCGAGGCGAUCUUCGAAAAAUGGGGGCUCGAUUUCGCGAUCGUCGGCAAGACGACCGACGACCUGCGCUUCCGCGUGCUUCACCAGGGCGAAGAGGUCGCCAAUCUGCCGAUCAAGGAACUGGGCGACGAGGCGCCGGAAUAUGACCGGCCCUGGGUGGAACCGGGCAUCUAUCACGACUGGGACCCGGCCUCCGUGCCCGCUCCGGACGAUUUUGCGGACGCGCUCCUCGCCAUGCUCGGCUCGCCGAACCUGUCGUCGCGCCGCUGGGUCUGGGAGCAGUAUGACACGCUGAUCGGCGCCAACACGCUUGCCAUUCCCGGCGGCGAUGCGGGCGUCGUGCGCGUCGACGGCCAUGCGACCAAGGCGCUCGCCUUUUCGUCAGACGUCACGCCGCGCUAUGUCGAGGCCGACCCCUAUGAGGGCGGAAAGCAGGCCGUCGCCGAGUGCUGGCGCAACAUCACCGCAACGGGGGCCGAGCCGCUGGCGGCGACCGACAAUCUCAAUUUCGGCAAUCCCGAGCGUCCCGAGAUCAUGGGCCAGUUCGUCAAGGCCAUCGAGGGGAUCGGCGAAGCCUGCUCGGCGCUCGGCUUUCCCAUCGUUUCCGGCAACGUGUCGCUUUACAACGAGACCCAUGGCGAGGCGAUCCUGCCGACGCCGACCAUCGCCGGCGUCGGACUGAUUCACGACUGGGCGCACAUGGCGCGCAUCGGCACGAUGAAUGAGGGCGAUGCGGUGUUCGUCCUUGGCGGCGACGGCACGCAUCUGGGCCAGUCCGCCUAUGGCCGCAUUGUCCAUGGCCGCGCGGACGGCCCGCCGCCGCCCGUCGAUCUCUACCAGGAAAAGCGCAAUGGCGAUUUCGUCCGUUCGGCGAUCCAGAACGGCCAGGUGACCGCCUGUCACGACGUUUCCGACGGCGGUCUUGCGAUCGCGCUGGCCGAAAUGUGCAUGGCGGCGAAGCGGGGCAUGACAAUCGAGGUCGGCGAGACCCAGGCUGCCCACGCGCUGCUGUUCGGCGAGGAUCAGGGCCGCUACGUGGUCACGGUCGGCGCGCCCGACGCCAAUUUCCUUUCGCUCAACGCCGAGGGCGCAGGCGUGCCAUUCCGGCGCAUCGGCACGGUGGCGGGCGACCGGUUUUUGUUGACCGGCGCGAUCUCCGCUUCCAUAUCUUUGGCACAGAUGGAGCGCGCGCAUGAGGGCUGGCUGCCCGGCUACAUGGCCGGCCCGGCCCGCGCGGCCGCCGAACAGGAGAUGCCGUAA